ACUGUUGUGGGCAUCAUUCUGGCCAUCGCUGUGCUGGAGAGACCACCAGCUCCAAAAGAUCAUGAAACUCUUCCUGAAGACUCUGAAGUGGACAACUUCACUCAUCAGUGCAGUAUGUCACUAGUGGAGAGCAUUCCUGUACAUCUGAAAUAUAAAGACAAUGUAACGUUUGGGAUCCCUCUGGUGCAAGUCUGGAACGAUCUGAUCUCUGCUGCAACAAAGCAAGUGGACGUGGCCUCUUUCUACUGGACCUUAACAGGCGAGGACAUCAGUGUUAACACUUCCUCUGACCUUCUGGGGAAAGACCUCCCGAAGAGACUGGAGGAGCUGCCCAGCAGGAACGUGUCCGUCCGACUUGUGAKYAGCGUCCCCACAGUCAAAACAAACUCCACAGAUUUGGAGAUGUUAAAACAAAAAGGAGUUUAGGUGAGGAAGGUGGACUUUGGUUGCCUGACUCAUGGCGUCCUCCACAGCAAGUUCUGGAUUGUGGACAGAAAGCAUGUGUUUAUUGGAAGCGCCAACAUGGACUGGAGGGCCCUGACACAAGUGAAGGAGCUGGGAGUGGUGGUCUACAACUGCUCUGGUCUGGCCAAUGAUCUCCAUAAGAUCUUCCAGUCCUACUGGGAGAUGGGGCACCCCAACAGCUCGCUGCCUCGGCCCUGGCCUGCCAAGUUCCACACUGACAUCAACAAACAGCACCCCCUGCUGGUGGAAGAGGGUGAAACCACCAGCGGCGUUUACUUGGCUGCUUCUCCGCCGUCAUUCUGCCCUCGAUCCAGGACUCAGGACCUGGAGGCGAUUCUCUCCUCCAUCUCAGAGGCUGAGAGGUUUAUAGACGUUGCUGUCAUGGAGUAUUUUCCCGCCACGUGCUACGAAGAGCCUCGCAAAUACUGGCCAGUCAUAGAUGAUGUGCUCAGGACGGCUGCGUUUGACAGGAAGGUCCAGGUCAGGAUGCUGAUCAGCUGCGGCCUGAGCUCAGACCCAGCGAUGCUGCCUUUUCUUCAGUCUCUGGCCUCCAUGGAUUACCCUGAACGUCAAAUCAGCAUCCAAAUAAAACUGUACAUCAUCCCAGUGGGAAAUCAGUCUGAUAUUCCAUUUACCAGAAUCAAUCAUAAUAAAUACAUGGUGACGGACAAAACUGCAUAUAUUGGUACGUCCAACUGGGCAGGAGAUUAUUUUCUGACCACAGGUGGAGUGGGUUUGGUGGUUUCGCAGCCCACUUCUCACUCUGCGUGGAACACCGGGACCCUGCAGAGCCAGCUGAAGGAGACCUUUAACAGGGACUGGGACUCAGAAUACGCCGUGUACCUGAACGAAUCUCGACCCAACCCAGAUUGUGCCCUCCUAAGAUGACCAAAGCUCCUGUAAGAAGGGUUGCAUUCAUCAUCACAGCGGCUUGUUUUUGUAAAUUUCUUGUCAGAAUUAGCAGUUAGUGGCUUUUUUUUUAUUAAUGGAUGCUUUAGAUUAAAGUUUUAUACAUUUAUAAAUACAAGGAUUUUCUGUUUUGGCUAUAUUUUUCAGUAUGUUUUCUUAUUAACUGUAUGUAAAUAUACUGUAUUAUGAUGUCUAAUUCAUUUUUAAGGAUUUAAUCCUGGUGCUUCCAAUAGAUCAGACAGAUGUUGGAGAAAAAACAAAAAACUGAGUUUAUUUCAACCAAAAGUGGCUGACAACCACAGAUUUUUUUAAUUAAAGUAGAAAUUCCAGGAAUGUUUUUGCAUGUUUUUAAAUAUUCUUUAUGCUUUGCAUAUGUUGCAUUUUUUAAAAUAAAAUAUUAAAAUAAAAACGUUGAUUAAUUUCUAGUCUGAAACCUG